AUGCCCACGACGCUCCUCAAAGCAAACCCUAGCAAUUUCCGAGCCCUGGUUCAGAAAUACACCGGCCGUUCUACCGGGAUUGAUGUUUCCAGCGGAAGAAAAGGUCCGGUGACGUUAGAUUUCAGGUCUCCGGCUUCGGUGUUGAAAGAAGUCAUUUUCCCAAGCUCCGGUGAUCUCCAGAAUCACGAUUGUGCCACUUAUAGGCACAGCGGUUAUGGGGAGAGUCACGUGACCUGUGAACGGGAAGGUACCAAAGCGGCGUCCUAUCAGAUGGGUCAACUAUGUAAUGAUUAUAUGGUUUGUGGUGGGUAUGAUGAUCAUGGUCAUCAUGAUAACCAUGAUGAAGGUGAUCUUGUAAGGGAAUACUUGGAAAAUAGUAGUUUUAAUGGAGUGAAUUGUGAUGAUUUUUACCAUGAUACGGUAUUGUUGGAGGAGUUUAUGAGAGAUCUUGAUUUCUGA